AUGGGCCUUCCUCGUACUCCUCCACAGGUGGUAUAUCCACGCUCGACCUUCAUUACUCCAACACCCCAAGGUGGACCAUCGACUCAACCUCUGUCUACUUCUCGAGCUCCAUCACCGCCACCAAUCGAGGAGAGCCCAGAGGAUCCCAUUACACCUCAAACUUCAAUAUAUACCUCAAUCCGCCAGUCAUCCAAUGGGGCUGGGUUUACGCCGCUCUCUGCUCGAGUCACACCUAUCGCUGCCGCUCGUCCGAUUAUCACACAGUCUGAGAACGGGCCUCUGAAUGCCCAUAUCAACAGUCUCAACAAGCAGCUAGUUGAACUUGAGGCUCUCAAGAAGGAUCUAAAUGCUCGUCUAGCGGACUCUGAGAAAAAGUUGGACAGCGAAACUAGUCGACGUGACAGGAUCAUUCGGGACUUAAGCCUUCAAUACGAGAAGGAGAAGCAGGAAUGGAAAGAUACGCUGAAUGCAGUACAAAUCAUUCACAACAUAGCACACCAGCGUGCCAGACACGAGCUUGAACAAGAGCGGCUCAACUACUUUAAUUCGGAGAGUCGGAUCCUUCAGCAAAAUGUUCGAAUCUUGGUCCGAGACCAUUCUUUGACCAGGUUUCAAGUUCAUGAAGCUCAGGUUGGCAAGGAGUCAGCGUCGUAUCAGGAUCAACUUAUGGAUGCUAAGGACGAACUCGAUGAAUUACAACGUAUGCUGGGACAAGCAACUGAAUCAUACGAGAAGGAAUUAGUGGGCCAAAAAGAAUCCAUCAAGAGUCUAAAGCAACAGCUCGAGCACGAACGAAAAUCCCGGGGCUCCAUUGAGAACGGGAAAGAGUCUCUGGAAAAUACCAACGCAGAAUUGACCUCAGACUUGGAACGUACUCGAAGGGAACUUGCCUCGGCGCAAUCCAAGAUCAAAGAACUUCAGAGCGGGGCCACGGAAGCCAAGUCAACUCAGAAAUCUCUUGAGAAAAUGCAAUCUAAGCACGAGUCUCAACUCGAAAAGCUCAAUGACCUGAUCGAUUCACUUAACGGAGAAAAAGUCCUUUGA